AUGAAUUUAUUUAGCGUUGAAAUGAAGGCUGUUACUUGGCAAAAGGAUUCACAUGGGCUUUUUGAUUACGAAACCUAACUUCUCACAAUAGAAAAACAUGUCAUAUAACAAUAGCAGAAGGUUUAUCGAUUGGGUUAAGAAGUGAGCACUUAUUCUCCAGACUCCGAAUAGGAUGAGAGCCAAUAAUAUUUGACUACAGUUCAAGAACAGGGCAAUAAGUUUUACAUCAAUCCUGAGGGAUGUGAGGAAAAUGAAAACUUUUUAAUAGUUAGAAGUUUAAAAAAUAGUUAAGGAGGAUAGAAAGGAUAUAAAAUGGAGCCAGGAGACAUAAUAAAAUUGGGAAGAAUGGAAUACGUGAUUAUGGAAACCAAGGAUAAGGAUAACUUAGUAAACUAAGCCUCAAGCGAAUUGCUGAAAGAUCAAUUUGAACAGACUGCUUCAUAUGUCACCAGUAGUUCAGCGAUUUGUCGAUUUUGUCUCAUGGACACUCAGACCCUUGAGGAUCCCUUCAUUUCUCCAUGUAAUUGCAAAGGAAGUUGCUAAUUCGUUCAUUUUAAUUGCAUGAGAUAAUGGAUAGAGAGUAGAUGCCAAAUAAAGCAGUUGAAUAAUGCUCAAUCCUAUAGAUUGAAAUAGUAACAAUGCGAACUUUGUGAAUCCUUAUUACCUUUGAAAAUUAGGAUGGAUGACAAAGAGCUGUCUCUGGAUGUGAUAUAGCGUCCAUCCACGCCAUAUCUUAUAAUGCAAUCAAGACACAAGAAGGAGAAGAAGCAAGGGAAAGCUGUAUAUGUCAUCUAGUUUCAAAAUGGUGAGCCCAUAAAGAUAGGAAGAGGUCAUCAAUGCGAUAUCCAAAUCUCGGAUAUUUCCGUGUCUAGAUUACACGCUUAUAUAAAAUAUUAGGAUGGUAACUUCGUCAUUCUUGACAACAACAGUAAGUUUGGAACACUCGUAAAAUUAUUCCAAGCUUAUAGGAUCGAAGAGGAGAAAGUGGCUGUAUAAGUGGGACGCACAGUUCUGACUUUUGUACUCAAAUAACAGUGUACUAGUGAGAACCAUUGAAUUAUCUUAUUAUUUUUUAUUGAUAUUUAUAA